AUGACUGAUGAAGAAUUGGCGAAACGCACCACAACACUUGUAGACGACUGCAACAAACUAAGUGGUCACAUCAUCCGCGAAAACGGCAAAAUCUCACGCGACGAAAUGCGUAUCAAGGUGCUGCGAGAGAUUCUGGGCACUGAGAAGCAGUACACCGUGGAUUUGCGAUAUUUGAAGG